AGCAUGUUCCACUCUCAGGCUUUUAUCUAGUUAAAGCAUGUUUAGUAUUUGGUGAAUCGGGAAUGUUAGAAAUUCAUAACAUCUCGUGGAUAGAAUAUCAGUUCUUUAAAGCUUUUUUUCGAAGAGACAUGGAGUUAUGUCAUAACAAUUAAAAUAUUAUGUGAAAAGUGAUAUAUAUAUAAAAACUCUCGCUUAUAAGAUGGCUACCUGGAUCAACAUAUCCCCAAAAUUGGAGCAAGGUUUGAAGAUAGUGGCUCGAUUGGAUAACAGCAAAUUCCGACUUCUUGUCAACCGCAUAUGCCAGACCCUGCAGUCGAACAUUGGCACGAAGGUGUUCAAUGAAGAGGAAGAGGAAAAGCUGCUAGUUUCCUUAGAUCUGACAAAAGAUGAAUUAACUCUUCUGCUGGAUGCUAUUGCAUCUAUCUACACGCAGGCUGCAUGUAGCGUUGUCAAACCGUCUGUCAUGGAAGCAGUCAUAAAAGACAAUUUCAAAUUAGAUGAAGAGAAAAUAUCGAUCUUUACAAGUGCCUGGAUGACUUAUGGAAAAGGCAUUGUAGAAAAUCUUAGGCAACAGUCUAUUUUCCCUACUCAGGUAAAAGAUAUCAACUGGUGCUUAAAUGUGCAAUCAUCGUCCUCUGCAAUUUCCAAAGAUGCACGACCUGUAGCAUUGCUCCAACUAGGUCUGACUGGUGAUAAGACAUCUACGUUAACAAUGGAGUUUGACAAGAAGCAAUUGACAGAGCUUUAUUAUAAUUUAGAAAAAAUUCAAACUCAGCUAGAUGCUCUUAAGUAAUAGAAUUUAUAAAAAUGUUUAUACAAUAUAUUGAUUACCUACUAUAAAUAACUAAACAAAUAUAAUUUAUUAUGUAAAAAUAUAUUUUUCAUAUUUUUUACAUGUUUAUUAGAAUACCACAAUCGUGUAGUUAUUUCCUAACACUUUAUAUUUUUAAAUAAAUUACAGAAAUGAUUUUUAAUUAAUUUAUUUGUAUGUGCAUGAAUACAUUGUUUUUUUUAAAUAAAUUUAAUAUUGAUUUUUGUCGCGCAAUGAAGAUAAAUAUUUGGUAAAUUUUAUAUGAUAAAGCGUCAAAAUAUAAUUUCUAGAUACAUAUGUAUUUUUCUCGUCCAAUGGUUACAGAAAUAAUCACACUUUAAUAAAGUGAGUUCAAAAUAA